AUGUCGCCGCCAGCGUCAACGGAGACUCCGAGUGGAGACUCUAGUGGAUACGCUAAUCCACCGCUUAGCGUGGACUCCAGUGGGUCAAGCGAAGGUGGAUGGGACGAAAGCGUGGAAUGCAGCGGGUCGGACGAUGAUGUGGACUAUGGGAGUCUCGAGUGCAGCGGGUCGGACGACGAAGAGGAAUCGCAGCAGUCGGUGCCGAGUUCGACUGGGGGAUCUGAGAACUCCACUCCCUCGACGACAACAACGCCGACGCUGACCUCUAGCGGAGAAACCGAUCAGGAAUCAUUUCAGCCGCCCUCGAUAGCUUCUUCAUCGGAUACAUCCACCUCCAUGGCCUCUGGUACUGUCGAAAACUCCAGCCCGGCGACAACCACAUCGAGUCAAACUGGAGCCGAGGAGGAUUCGUCGCAGGCAAUGCAAAAUUCGUCCAAAACUUCCUCGUACGAGAGACCUCCAGUGGAAUUGGGACAACCGCAUGAAGGCGGAGGUGGAGCCCUACGACAACUGGUCAUGGACCACAUCGUGGCCAACAAGGGCACGCUCAACUACUGCAUCCGCUGGGACAGCAAGGAGACGAAGCUCAGCAAGGCUCAAGCCAGCAAGUUCCAAGCCAUGCUGACCCGCCAGUACAAUCUGUGGAACCGCUGGCUUAUUGGCUACGACUGCUGGUCGUACGACGAAGUCAAGAUCAACAUCGUUGGCUGGGCUGCUCGUGAAGCCUCCAACCUGGAGUGGUCGGACGACUCGCUUGGCAAGAUCUACAUCGGCGACCUUGACGAUAAGGGAGCCCCGCAGUGCCCCGAGAGCUGCUACCGCUCGGUCGAUGGCUCGUCGCCCGGAGGUAGUGGUUGCGACGGUAAGCCGUACGAUGCCUACCUCCAGCCGACACAGGGGCUGGGUGGCGGCUGGGGAACCUACAACUUCCAGCAGGUGGACCUCGAAGACAUGAUGGCGCACAUCGACGACGACCAGCUUACGAUCGUCGCCCACGAGAUUGGCCACAGCUUCGGACUGCCGGACUUUUACCAGCAGCCGAAGCCUGCCAACUUCAAGCCGUGCCUCAUGGACGCGCUCACUUCAAACGCUAUGCGCGACACGGACGGCUGGAUGGUGCGCCGAGUGCUCGAGAACAAGAAAUCCAAGUACAAUUUUUAA